CUCCGCUGGCUCAAAUCUGUGGAAAGGGACUCCUCCGCUUCGCCGGCCUCAGUCGACCGCUGCGCAGCAAUGGCCCUGCUUCGGAAUGCGGCGAGGAUCGCGCGCGCUGGGCUGCCGCUGGUACGCGGCGCGCCGACCACCUCCCCGAUCGGCUCCGUGCGUUGCUUCAUGGCGCCGUCCGCCCCGCGCCUGGGGCACAACCUGGAGGACCACUACGACAUGGCGGAGUUCAUGUGCAAGAUGCACAGCCCGAGAGUACCUCGUCUGGGCGCUGAUGUUCAGCACCUUCGGCGUCACCUUCGUGCCGAUGCUCCACUCGAACUACUACUUCACGGGCCGCUUCCUGCCCAAGGACCAGGGCAACACCCAGCUGUGCGACGACAGCUGUGGCCGGCGCGUGGUGGUGACUGGGAUGGGCAUCGCUUCCCCCCUCGGGGUGAAGCUGGACGACGUAGCCGACAGCCUCAGGCACGGCAAGUCAGGCAUCGUGUUCUCGGAGACUUAUGCCAGCUACAGCAUCAAGAGCCAGGUUGUCGGGAAGGUCAAGCUGACGGAUGAGGAGAUCCAGGAGAUUGUUCCCCGGGAGGCCGCGCGGUUCAUGGGCCGCAACGGCCACUUCGCAUUCGUCGCGCUGACAAACGCCAUCGAGGAUGCCGGGCUGCGGCCCGAGCACUACGAGCACAACCCGCGAUGCGCGAGCAUCAUCGGGCAGGGCGGCACCUCGAUCAACGACGUGAUCGAGUCGGUCUCCGCGGUCAAGGAGCAGUCGAAGACCUGGCACGCGAAGGUCGGGCCCUACCGCGUGCCCAGGACGAUGGGCUCCACGGUCUCCGCCGUGCUGUCCUCCUGGUUCAAGGUGCAGGGCCCGUCCUUCUCCAUCUCCUCCGCGUGCUCCACCGGCGCGCAUUGCAUCGGCGUCGCCAUGGAGCAGAUCAUGCUGGGCAAGGCCGACAUGGCCUUUGCAGGCGCGGGCGAGACCGAGUGCUGGGAAUUCACGGCCAUGUUCGACUGCAUGGGUGCGCUCAGCACCAAACGCAACGACGACCCUGCGAAGGCUUCACGAGCGUUCGACCAGGACCGCGACGGCUUCGUCAUCGCCGGCGGCGGCGGCAUGCUCGUGCUGGAGGACUACGAGCACGCCAAGGCUCGCGGCGCCAGGAUCUAUGCGGAGGUGGUGGGCUACGCCGCGAACGCGGACGGGUACGACGUCGUCGCGCCGUCGGGCGUGGGCGGGGAGAGCUGCAUGAAGAUGGCUCUGCGCAUGGCGAAUGCGACCAGGCGGCUGCCGGUGGACUACAUCAACACCCACGGCACCUCCACGCCGCUUGGAGACCCGCAGGAGCUCAAGGCGGUGAAGCGCGUAUUCGCGGACGAGGACUACGUCCCGUGGGUGGGGUCCACGAAGUCCCUGUCGGGCCAUGCCCUCGGCGCCGCCGGCGUGCACGAGGCCAUCUACUCGCUGCUGAUGAUCGACAGGGGCUUCCUUGCUGAGUCGAUCAACAUCGAGAACCUCGUCGAAGAGGCCGAGGGCAUGAAGAUCCUCACCGAGGGGCGGGAGCAGCCCGUGCGCCGGGUGAUGUCGAACUCCUUCGGCUUCGGCGGAACCAACGCCUGCCUCAUCUUCGACAAGUGGGUCGAGGAGUGA